AUGUUUCCAAGUGUAAGAGAGCGUGCACAGGCGUUUCUGAAUGGAGGGCAAGCAACUAUACAGACACCACCGCCGCCACCACCAGCACCAUCAAAGACAUUGAAUACUACCACCAAGACAGUGCCAACGAAGCCUGCUGCGAGACCCACAAAGCCCUCACCGCCACCAUCAACACGAUCGAAAGCAACGCCGUCGAAAGCACCAGCAGCGAAAGCCGCCCCUGCUAAAGCCACGGCGCCAGCGCCAUCAACACCCUCGAAAGCAGCGCCUGCAAAAUCAAUAUUUUCAAGAGCUUCACCUGUAAAGGAAAAGACUCCGCCAAAAGCUGCCUCAUCUAAACCAUCUGCGUCCAAAUCCUCUUCCUCGAAACCUACGCCAGCCAAAUCAGCGCCUUCAAAACCCGCUCCUUCCAAGUCUACACCGUCGAAGCCUAUACCUUCAAGAACAAAAUCGACGCCAGCGAAACCGACCCCUUCAAAAGUUGCGCGACCCAGAUUUACACGUUCAAAGUCUGCUAGCAGUACCUCAUCAUCUAGUUCUGAUGACGAUCUGCCAGAACUCACACCAGGCGAUCAACAGGUCGCCGAUUUGCGAGCAGCGAUCCUGAAACAAGCUUCCAGCGUCACCGGCCUUCAAGGUCGCUCCCUGGCUCUCAAUCUCAAGAAGACAUCAUCGAACGAAUGGUACGCCGCACUCAAAGACACUGGUUCGGACAAAUAUUUGAAGAUGUGGAUGAAUCGCAAAGACACAUAUGACACGCAGAUUGAGGCGCUCGAAGCCUAUCUGCGAUUUGUGACAAAGAGGAAAGAGAGUAUGCAACUCUUCCCUAUGAGUCCAAAGAUGGGCAGUAAGAGCAAGUGA